UUUUGUGUAAUCCAAAUUUAUCUUUUCGCAUAACGUGUUUACCUACAUGUCUCACUUAGCAUGUUAUAUUGUUUUUUCAAAUGGAAAGUGUUUAAGUAGUCCAUUAUAAUAAUCAACUAUGAAAUAUAAAGUUAUACCGCUAUACAAUUACCAUUGCAUUCCUAUCGACAUUGAAGCUGCGUUAAUAAAAGCUUAGGAAGAUCAUCUGAAACAUACUAGUCGCUUCAUGUAGACACAACCUCCGUCAUAAAUCAGUUAGGAAAUCUUUUCGUAGUUAAUGGUUUGUGUAGGUUUCUUCCAUUGUGAGUGAAUUUUGUCUUGCAUAUUAAAUUGAAUAUGGUUUGGCUGUGAACAGGUGUUGUGUAUUCUUUGAAAUGCAUAAUGGAGUACUACAUGUAAGAAAAGUUCGACUUUUAUACAAGACUAUAUUGAAGCUUCAUCGUGGUCUUCCAGAAGCGUUGCAGUCACUUGGUGAUAAUUAUGUCAAAGAUGAGUUCAAACGACACAAAAAGUGCAAUUCAGCUGAAACAGCUCAAUUUAUGAUGGAAUGGACGCACUAUGCAGUAGUGCUAGCCAACCAGCUUGGUCUACAAGAGCCAAAACCUACUCUAGAAGUGGGCACUGAUCUGGAUGAGAAAACUCUUGAGCUCAUGAGAGAAGACCAGGUUGUUCAGUUGUAUGAAAUGUUGCAAGCUGCAAAAGGAGAAACGACAGCUACUUAGUUACUUACUUUUAACGUUUCUGUAGAUUGCUGUAACCUUAUCUAUUUCUGAGCUUAGAUGUAAACUUAUGUUAACUGUUAACUUUAAAUAUCAAAAUCUGUAUGCAUGAAAAAUUAAAUGAGUAGUGGCAGUUAAAAGUCACAAUUGUUACGUACAAAUAUAAUUUAAUACAGGCCUGAAA